AUGAAAGAGAAUGAGGAGCAUCUGAGGAUUGUGUUACAAAUCUUGAAGGAAAGAAAGCUUUAUGCGAAGUUGUCGAAGUACGAGUUUUGGAAGGAGGAAGUGAAGUUCUUGGGUCACGUGGUGAGUAAAGGAGGGAUAGUAGUGGAUCCUUCGAAAGAUGAAGUAGUGAUGGAAUGGGAAAGACCGACAUCAGUGACUGAGGUUAGGAGCUUCUUAGGGUUAGUCGGAUAUUAUAGGAGAUUCAUUCAUGGAUUUUCACAAAUCGCGUUGCCGAUGACUAAGUUAACUAGAAAAGAGACACCAUUUAUAUGGACGUCCGAAUGUGAGGAAAGUUUCCAGACUUUGAAGGAGAAGUUGACUUCAACGUCAAUCUUAAUUCUACCUGAACCACACGAACUAUUUGGGGUUUACAUGCUUGUCCUACUGACCAUGAGCUCAUGCGUCAGUUAUGUUGUCAGACCCAACUCGGAUAAGCGGAUUUAA